AUGAACUGCCAGUGCAACCACCCCGCGCGCUACCUCAUCAGCCGUGAUGGAAAGCCGUGCUACAUCUGCGCACUCGGGCGCUGCCGCUUCUACGCGCUGGCACCGGUGCAGUGUGAGGGGUACACCCGCAUCACACUGGGUUCCCCAGGAUGCCCUCUAGCCGACACUGGUGUUGUGCUCCGCUUUGAGGCGCUGGUACACCCGACAAGCAAGGACGUCGCGUGCUUCAUGAUUCGAGUGCAGGGAGAAGCCUCGAGGUGGAGCACGCUUCGCCUUGCCGUGCUGCAGGAUUCUCAGUUCGAGGGCAUGUGGUACACAGCCGGGCGGGCUUUCCUGUACCCCAUGGCACAGUACACUCGCCUCGUCGCCGCUCUCAAGGCCCAUUCACUGCCGCACGUGGCGCUCGAGGAGAUUCCCAGCUUUUACUUUCGCUGCGUGGAGCGGAUGCGGCAACUUCCACGGCAGUACGCGGAUGACGUGGCCGCUGGCCGCGCCUGCCUACCGGACGCAGAGGACUGUGUGUACCGGGGCCUGAAACCGUUUCAACGGGAUGGUGUGCGCUUCGUUCUGGAGCGCCACGGCCGCGCCAUGAUUGCCGAUGACAUGGGACUCGGCAAGACGGUGCAAGCCAUCGCUGUUGCUCACCACUACCGGGACGAGUGGCCGGUGCUGGUCGUGUGCCCCAUGUCGCUCAUGGAGAACUGGGCGAAGGAAUUCAACAAGUUCUGCGGUAUCCCAUUCGCACGCAUCGCCAUCCUGCAAGGUGCCAAGGCUACAGCGACGAGCCUGCAGGCCGUCGCGAUCGUCUCCUACAGCUCCCUGAAGUGUGUUGAGAACGCCCACUUCAACGUUGUCAUCCUCGACGAGUCGCACUACAUCAAAGCUGGGGCGGCAAAGCGCGCGCAGCAGUCACUCAAGCUCUGCCGCGCAAGCCGCCGUGUCAUCCUCCUGUCAGGCACGCCAGCCAUGUCACGCCCCAUCGAGCUGUACGCGCAGCUGCAGGCCAUUCAGCCAAGCCUAGUCCCGAGCAAGACCCAGUUUGGUGCGCGGUAUUGCAACUCCUUUGUCGGUCGCUUCGGCAUCGACCUGACCGGCCACGCCCAUCCCGAUGAGCUGCACAGCCUGCUGCGCCACUUCCUGAUUCGCCGCACGAAGCGCGAGCUCGGGAGUGAGCUGCCCUCCAAGUCUCGCCAACUGCUCUACAUGUACAUCACGGAGAAGGAAAAAAAGGCGCUGGAAAAGCAGAUCAUCGCCUUGCGCCGCAGCCUUAGCUCGACAUCUUUUUUCGUGGGCAAUGGCGGGGCCGACUGGGCUGCGCGGGCACCGAACGUGUUCGAGAUGAAGAUGGCCACCGCACGUGCCAAGAUACCCGCGGUGCAGGAUUACGUCAGCGGCAUUGUGGAGCAGCACCUUGAUUCAGGUGAAAAGCUCAUCCUGUUCGCACAUCACCAGUGCAUGAUGGAGGCGCUCCGGAGCGCGGUGGAGGUGGUGCGGCCGCGCCAGCCCAUCGACUACAUCUACAUCUCCGGUGACACGCCACCGGCACAACGCGAGCCAGCCGCAGAGCACUUUCGAACAGAGGCAACAUGCACGGUGGCUAUCCUUUCCAUGCAGUCCAGCGGCAUUGGUCACAACUUCACGUGUGCGUCAACGGUAGUCUUCACGGAGCUGGACUGGAACCCCAGCACCCACUUGCAGUGCGAGGACCGCGUGCAUCGUAUCGGCCAGGCGCACCCGUGCCACAUCAAGUACCUGCUGGCCGAGGGCACCUCCGACAGUGUCAUCUGGCCGCUGCUGCAGACGAAGCUGAGCGUGACUGCGGCCAUGUUCGAGACGUCGAACGUGACUCGGGCGGAGGUGCACCUACACGACGGCGCCGACAAGCAGAAUGUGGCCAGGCGCGACGUGGUUGCCGCGACAACCUCGUCGACCCCGUCGACAUCGCAGCAGAGCACGCUGGACCAGUUUAUGCAGCCGCAUCCAUCGCAAGCGGUGUUGAGGAGGGGCGAAGAAGUCGACGCGGUCGUUGUAUCAAUGCAGGAGUCGCCGCGAGUCAGCGCUCACUCACAGUCGUCGACAGGGCACACAGCACCUACAUCGCUGGAGAGAGACGCGCCGCCACUCUUGCUGACACCGACAAGCCCCUCCCAGCAGCAGCGGCUGUCGCUGAGCCUCAUGGGCACCCCCAUCUCCGCCUUCUGCGGGAGCACGAGCGGCAGCGGCGUUGCCACCGCACCGACAACCCCGCCGCCCCUGAUUCCGUUCUCUGAGAUGGCCGACGACUUAGUGGUGACCUCUGCGCCGCAAGUGAGCAACGCCUCGGCAUCGCAUCGGCCGCGCCUCUCUGCCAACAGUGGCAUCGGCACGACUCACCCAGCCACGCCGCCCUCGUCACUGUCUACAACGGUGCCUGGCCCCACACCGAAGAGUGUCAAUACCAUAUCUGUGCUCGACCUCAUGCGCCACACGUCGUCCACAAAGUCUGGGGCCGGGUCGUCUGCAGCGGAACCGUCCCAUUCAGCGCGCGCUGCUGCUGUUUCCUUGGUCGUGGACCUCACCGGGACAGCCUCAACUCAGCCGGUGGUCAUGCAGCCAUCGCCACCGAUGGCGUCGCCUCCCGCGCCAACGCGAUCCCUCCCGUCGUCACCGGGCGUCACGCUCCCCAUGAUGGACAUCACCGCCUCAGCCGGUGCCGUGGCCCCACCACGUCGCACUGUCUUUACUUUAUCCAAAACGGGCACGCAGGCCUUCAUGAACACAGCGGCUGCGUCGACAAUGACGAGCAGCUGCCCAGGCAGCCGCGCUCUUUGCCCUGCGGCACCGCCGGCAUUGCCAGAGGCGCCGAAGACCGCCGCUGUGCACGUGCCGCUGAGACCCAAUCUGCACUUGAAGCGGCCACGCACUGAUACCGAGCACGGCAGCAGCGGGAACACCAGCAAGCGCGUCAACGCCACCAGUGGUGACGCAAACACCCUAGCGACAGCGGCCGUUGCACGAGUAGAGAUGAGCUGUGCAGCAGGGCCAGUCGCUGCCGCGACUCUUGCACCCCUUCCGCCCCCAACCACUCUGCCCGUGCACACGCAGCCCAUGAUGGUGCACCCUAUCAUGCUAGCUGCGUCGUCGUCGUCGUCGUCAUCCUCCGCACCGUCGCAAGCCUCCUCAGCGCCAUCCCCUGUCGCCUCCGCGCCGCGACGAACGCUUUUUAAGCUCGCGGGUAACGCGUCAGGCGCUCCCUCUUCUCCGAUGCCUGCAACACCGCAGUGA